UUUGACCUCUGCCAAAUUUUUUUCGAUUUAGGAACGCCUGAAUUUAUGGCGCCAGAAAUGUACGAAGAACAUUACGACGAAAGCGUGGACGUGUACGCGUUUGGCAUGUGUAUGCUGGAGAUGAUAACUGGCGAGUACCCCUAUUCCGAAUGUCAGUUUCCCGCGCAGAUAUACAAGAAAGUCAUACAAGGCAUAAAGCCACAGUGUUUCGAGAAAAUACCGGUUGAAUAUCCUGAAAUUCGGGAGAUUAUCGACCGCUGCACGCGUCUCAGUAGGACUGAACGGUACACAGCGAAGGAUUUAUUGAUCCACGACUUCUUCAUGCCUGAAGAAUUGAUUGGCCUUCGCGUUGAAAUCAAAGGUCGAGAAAACGCUGUUUGUUCUACGGGAAACGAGGUUCAGAUGCUUUUACGCGUUGUUGAUCCGAAAAAGCGACGUGAGUAUAAGCAGAAAGAAAACGAAGCUAUACAGUUUACGUUCGACAUGCAAAACGACAAACCGGAGGAGGUGUCUGCCCAACUGGCACUCGAGGAAGACAGCAGAACGGUUGUGAAGCUGAUUCAGGACAAAAUAAUUCAAUUGCGUAAGGACAGAGAACUCUACCAGAACGAACAGAAGCGAAUCAAGAUCGAAGAAGAAAAACACAGAGAGGAACAGCAGCUGCAGCAGGAACUUAAAGAGUUGAAGGAACAGAAAAAGGAGAAGAAGGAAAAGGAAGCAAAGUCGAAGCUGUUGCGUAGCUUCACAUGGGACAUCUGCGUUGUAUCUGAGGGGAUCGAUGGUCAGAAAGUUCCUGAACCGCCGACAGCCACUAUUCCAACUACUGCUGUUGCUACCACUGACAGGUGUGUAAGUCAUAGCAUAACAGUUUUUGAAUGUUUCGUAACUGUUUUAGCGUAA